CUUGGGUGGUGCGUAGAUUAGAUCAGUACGCGCCGAAGUGUGUCUGCUUAGUGGACAGUCGUACUGGCAAGUACACGUUUUUCCUCACAUUUUCUUCCUUCCCGGAGUAAUAUGCGACCGAUUCCCUAGCAAGGAUGAUGGAGGAGCGUAAGGAGCUCGUAGGGAAGCGGUUCCUGUGCGUAUCCGGGGGCGGGAAGCUGAAAUUCUCUAGGAUUUCUGAGUGGGAAUGGAAAUCGGGGGUCAUACGUGCUGUCUCGCACAAGCCGGAGGACCAGAAGCACCCCGACUUCUCGGUUUACGUGGAGUUUGAUGACCGGGACUGGGAGCAGCGAGAGUGGCUCAAGGUUUAUGAGGGAGGCUUCCAGGUGUUCCUUGUGGAGAAAACAUUGGUGUGGGGCCAGCGUAGGGGCAUCUCCAAGUCUGCCAUCCUCUGGCCUGCCCUGGCAUUCAGCUACUUGGUGGACAAGGUCAGCCUGGGGCAAGGAGGGCGAUGUGUUCUGGAGUUCCUCCAUGACCGAGUAAGGGACUUUGUCCAGCAUGAGGAGACCAGACCAUAUCAGGAGGAGGAGGAUGGUUUGCAGCCAGCUUUAAGAGACUACCCACAUGUCCUUGCAGAGAUCAAGGAUUGGGUGAAGGAACAGAAAGUUCAGGACAUUCUACUAAGAGCUCCAUAUUCACUGACUGGCUACAGAGUGAAAGUGUACCGACUAGACUCUGCCACGCAGUGGUUCACAGCAGUCAUAUCUUCACACAAUCCUUUGAGCAGGGAGUUGACUGUUAUGAAUGACACAGUACUAGAGACACAUGAAGUGGACCCGGCUUUGGUGCAAAUGACAUUCCUGGAUGACGUAUUGGAAUCCCUACUGAAGGGCGAAAAUGUAGGUAUAACUCCCCGGCGACGGUCCUGUACCCAGAGUGUCACGUCAACAUCCUCCCAGAACUCUAGCAAUCCCCAUUACACCCGGACCCGUAGUGGUCAGCCACCCACAGCUGCCUACUCACCCUCUGCACGGCAGACCGAGCCCAGCAAAACCAGGAAACCACGUCGGAAAGGCUCCGACAGCAGUCUUCCACCCGAUCUGGACUUAGAUAAGCAGGAUAAAACAGAAAAAGCGGUGACAAUAGAAUCUUCCAGCAGACAACGAAAUCCAAUGACCAAGAUGCGGAAGCGCAAGUCCAGUGAAAGCAUGAGCACUGAGGAAAGGAAACAGGACUCUCCACAGAAACGUGCUCGAUCUCAGUCCACAUCCGACGAUGGAACCAUGGAGCAAUGUCAGGCCCAGACGGACAUAACCGACAGAGAUCAGAAGCCCAAGGCAUCUGUUGGUGAGAAAGGUAGAGCAAAGUCCAGAACAAGGCCUCCUCCUAAGAAGAAAAAGGAACUGGAAAAAAUGGAGAGCAACACUGGUAGUGAAACAGAGGUAGAAGUUGACUGUGCCAAAUACAUGAAUUCUGAAACAGACACUUCCACUGCAUCCCCAGCCCAGGAAGAUGUGGGAAGUCAAAGGCCAUCCAUUGAAGAGCUUGAUCCCAAGGUCAUCGAUCCUACAGAAGAGAAAUUCAGCAAGAGUCAUGGGAAGGAGGAGGAUGUCAUUGAUACAAGACAGGAGGGCACUGUCAGAAUAUCUGAAGGAACCAAAACACACCAAGAGUCAAGGACUUUUGCAGAAAAAAGACUGCAAAUUUCUGAGAGCCCAAGACUAUCCAAUAGACCUAGAAUACAAGAAAAGCCUGGAAAAGUUGAAGACCUCAGACUAAACGAGAAACAAAUAAGAAAAGAGGAGGAUCCCAGAGAUAGGGAUGAGGUGGCCAAAGGGGAAGAGAUAAAAUUGCAGGCUGAGCAUAAAAGGCAAGAAGAACAGAAACUACUGCAACAAAGACCUAUUGCUGAGCAGACACUUGAGUCCAAAAGGUGUCAAGAGUUUCCCGUUCCCACAACAGCAAACAUGGAGAAAAUAAUACUGCAGACUAACAGAAGCAUUAACAAACCAUCCCCUGUCACUACAGCAAAUCCUAUUUUAGAUGAAGGAAAGGGGAAAGGGUUUCAUCCUGUUGAACCCAAGACAAAGCAGGACUCCCAAAAAAGCCCUCUGGUUGUAGACAAGAAUGAGCAGGUGCGUGUGUGGAGGGACCCAAGUUUGGAGAAGUCUAAAGAGGUGGAGGUCACCCACAUCAGCUCAAUACAGCACCAGCAUCUAGUACACAACCAGACACGAGCGUUCUCCCGUCAAGGCACAACCUCCUCUCAUCAUCAUGGUCCACAGGCAAAUUCACAUGGCUCAUCAGCAUCCCAUUCUCACAUGCUGUCCUCAGCACACCCACACAUCCCUUCCCCUACCCAUCCACAUGUUCCCUCUCCAGCACACCCACAUGUCCAGUCCCCAUCCCAUCCCCACGUCCCCUCCCCAUCCCAUCCCCACGUCCCAUCCCCAUCUCAUCCCCACGUCCCCUCCCCAGCUCAUCCCCACGUCCCCUCCCCAGCUCAUCCCCACAUCCCCUCCCCAGCUCAUCCUCAUGUCCCCUCCCCAGCUCAUCCUCAUGUCCCCUCCCCAGCUCAUCCCCAUGUCUCAUCCCCAGCCCAUCCCCAUGUCCCCUCUCCAGCUAACCCUCAUGUGCCAUCUGCAGCUCACCCACAUACACCAUCACCUGCACAUGCCCACCCUUCACUACAACAGUCUCCACAUUCCACUGUGUCUUCAAACCCCCCACACACAGACAUAGGAAGGCUACAGCAGCAUCAGUUGACAAGUAUGCUGGCCUAUCCAUACUAUCAAGCUUACUUGAUGGCAAACCCAGCAUCACUGGCUCACCACCUUCUCAGAAACCCCAAUGGUAUCCCCAGCAUCCACCUGGACCACCCUUAUGCAGCCAAGAACCUGGCCAUCAUGGCACAGCAGCAACAGCAGCUCCAACAGAUGGGUCUGCCAGGUAUAUCCCAUCAGGCUCUGCUGGCCCAGCAUCCACAGCUGCAGGGCUUGAGUCCAGCUCAGCUGCAGAUGGCAUGGCAGCACACUUAUGCCCAGCAACCCUGGCUCCGACAGACCCCGGCAGACUUUGAGCGAGAGAGGGAACGUCUGAUCCGUGAGACCCAGCAGAGAUGUCCUUCUGCAUCGGCAGUCCUGCACAAACCAUACCCGGAUCCCCUUAGACCACAGCCGUCAAAGCCGUCCUAUGUUAGUGUGACUCCACCUGGUAACUUUCAUGGCCAGCCGACGAGACCACAGCCAACCACAGCAAAAGGACUAGAACAUGACAGGGCUCCCAAACCCCCAGAACGACGCCAGCAACAUGACAGCCUAGCCAUGCCCCGGCCAGCAUCGGCUGUACCUGAUGCCAGCAGGAAGAUGUACGGCAUGCACCCGUCAUCUACAAUGGCAACAACUUUGUCUUCACUGUUCCCAGCAAAGUCGGAAGGGUUGAGUUUAAGGGCAGAAGGUCUGAAUAGGAUUGAAGGGAGGCCCGCGGGUAGUUUGGUCAAGUUGGAAUCAUCCUCAACACCGUGUGCUUUCCAACAUACAUCUGCUUUCAAAGCAACUAAGUCUGCAUUCAACUAUGACCCAGUGCUUCCUCCAGGCUACAGGCCCUUCCCCCACAGCACCAGGAUGUCUCCUUCCAUCACUUCUUCUGUCAUCCAUUCCUCGGCAGCUGGCAGUACUUCCAGCCAUGGUUCCCAAGCUCAGGACAUCGGGACUGGCAGCCAGCAGAAAACAAAGGUCCCGGCUGAAGAAUCGGCAGUACAGGACAAGGUGUCUGCCAGGAUGCCACCAUCAGAGCAGUCCCCGUUGCCGCCUGUUCCGCCGUUAGUCAAACGUUUGCCUGAAUCAGCCCAGCCGGAGAAACCCCAGGCAGUGGUUAAGACUGAAACUCCGUCUAGCAGGGGCUCUCAUUCUACUCCAGUUGUCCAGCACUACAUUUCACAAGGGCCAUCGUCACACAGUAGCUCUGUGUCAACUGGCCACAAAGAAGAGGGAGGAAAAGGUCAACUGUUUUGCUGCCCUCCACCCCUCACUAGCCCAAGACCAGUUUCCACAUUGGCCACUGCUUCCAAAACUCAGAAGACGACUGUAGCUAUUCAAACAAAUGAUGACCCGAGUCUUGACAUAGCAUCUGCCCAUCAACUGUCCCACGCGAUGAUGCAAUCCCUUGAUGGAACACAGUCUAACUUACAUCCCAGCAGUACCACCACCUCCUCCCUUUCACAACAGAAUUCUUAUCACAUGUCACAAGCACCCUCCUCUGCAACUGCUCCAAGUACAAGCUAUGGAAGUUCCUCCAAUCCCAUAUCACAUCUUAGCGUGAUUGUCUCCCAGCCUUCUGUUAUUGUACAGAAUCCAGUUGGGGAUGCCAAGGCUCCGAUCACCUCAUUAUCACCCCAGAAAAGGAAUAACCCCCACACCAACCACCCAACAACAAAGAAGCAGCGUGCUCGGGUCAGUAAGUCUCAGCUCUUCCCAGUGGCCAGUUCAGGAUCUCAUGAGCCCUUGAACCUGAAGGCUUUUGAAGCAAGAAGCCCAUUUGAAGAACAAUUCAAAUCCUUUAUUGCCCAAACAUCACCUCCUGCCUCUAAAUCCCCAGGAAGCCACAGUUUUUCUGCCAUGGUAAUGUCGGAGAAGUUGAAACAAGAGAGACCUGAAGGAACUAGCACCUCCGUCAUCAUGUCUCCAAGUGGAGAGAUGAUCAGGAUGCAGAGCACUGUUGACCGCAGUAGACAGAUCAGUGCAAAGCUGCAAAAGUUUGAGUCAAGAGUAAAUGCUACCCCAAAAGAACACAUUCCAAAUGGAACGAGUGGAAGUGACAGUGACUCUAGCAACAGCAACUUGUCACCAAAUAAGUCUGGCCACCAUAAAAUCAAAAAGGCUUGGCUUGAAAGACAUUCGGGAGAGGACAGCAACAACUCCCAUUCUCCUGAAGAUGGGGAAAGAGGGAAAGACAUUGCCAAUAGUGGUGAGAAAACACAGACUCUUUGCAGUCGAAUCAAUGAAGUCAUUAGGCAGUGUUACAUUAACAUGGCAGAAUCCCCAGUGAAAGAAGUCAUUGGGAGAAACGCCAGCAUCAAAUUGAAUCCAAGUGAUGCUAUUGCGCGGAGUUUGGACUUUGAACAGCAGAAUGGGAAUGUGGAGAUGUCACAGUGGACCCUACCAGAGAGCAACAGGAGGAAACAAGACAUGUCAAAGCAGAAAGUGCCUGCAGAUUGUGCUUCCAACACUCCAACACUUGGAGAAGAUGAAGGUGCUGGAGAUCCAGGCUGCAGGAAUGGAGAGGACCCCACUGCAGAUAACAACAAGCACAAGCUAAGGAAAAAGAAUGCUGGUAUCAGCUACCUCAAGAAACACAGGGGCCAGGCCUCCAGUCCUGACAGGAAAUGGUCUGGUAAGAAGUCCAGCCUGGAUGCUCGCUGCUGCCACAAGCCCAAACCAUGUGGCUGCACCCCGGAGAACCAGGCCGAGGCAGCCAAGAAGACUGGGGAAGGAGGGAAAGUGAAGAAAGAGGACAGCAGGAACAGGAUGAGGUUGGAGGAGGAAGAAGGAGAGGAAGAUGGAGGGACAAGCACAAGGAAAAAACCCAAUGGGCAAAUAAAGAAGAGAAAGUCUGAAAUAAAGGAGGAGGGGGCCUCUGAAGAACCAGUAAAAAAGAAACGGGGCAGGAAGAAGAAGAUUAAAGAGGAACCCACAGAUUUUCCUGAGGAGAACAGCAAACCUGAGAAGUCCACUUCUGCCACAAAUACCACUAGUAAUAAGAGACAAGAGGUGGCGUGCCUGCUGACCAUGUCUCAGGCCCAUCAGAAGUACAGCAAGACCAGGCUGAUGAAGCUGGGGCUGUCCUUCACACAGGACGGACCCUGCUCGGACGUCACCCCCAAACUCAUGAAGUGUCGGGAGUGCCGCAUGUCUGCUGCACAGAAGAUAAAGAAGGGCAUGAACAUCUUUUGUCGCUUCUAUGCUUUUAGAAGGUUAAAAUACAGCCAGAAGGGGUUCCUCAUGGUUGGAGGGUUCUGUGACCCAGAUGAUUGUGGGAAGGGUGACAUGGACCUUUGGAUUCCACACUGGAAAGAUGUGGAGCCAGCAUUGCGAGUAGAUGAGGCCAAGUACAUAAUCACUCUGGUUGGGGACAAGUUCUGUGAGCUGGUGACAUCAGAGCAGGUGGCAAAGAACUGGGGUGUCAAUGAUGCCAAACCUGUGUGGAAAAGGGCGGUCACCGGGGUGCGCGAGUUGUGUGAUCAGUGUGACACGACCCUCUUCAACAUCCACUGGGUGUGUGAGAAGUGUGGCUUUGUGGUGUGUCUGGACUGUUUCAGGGCCAGGAAGAACACUCCUCUCACAGACGAAGAAUUGGAUGAUGAUGACCCAUGGCUAGAGUGUAUCAAACACCAGCAUCACAGACCUGAGAAUCUCAUGCUAACUCAGAUCAUCCCAGGCACUGCUCUUGAUGACCUUCGUGAGCUUAUACACGAAAUUCGAGACAAGUGGAGCAUUAAGUCCAACUGCCUUUGUCUGGGGAGGAAGAGGUCUUCAGGUGGUCAGAAUGGCAUCUCACAGUUGCUGUGGAAUGCAGCCCUGGAGAUGGAUGCCAAAAGAGACAGGCAGGAGAAGGAGAGGGGUUUAAGCAGUAGCUUCUGCAGCACCCUGCCGUCCUCAACGCUUCAUGGAGCCAAGGACAAUCAAGGACCACCCGUGUCCGUGGGCGGGGACACUGAUCUCUCAUCCACAUCGGGAUCUCUUCCAAGGCAGGACACGGCUAAACAAUCUCCCCCGGCUGCCCCUGCAUUCGGUCUCCAUACCCUAGCAGAUGUAGCCAACAUGCAAUGCAAAUUGAAUGCUGAGGCGUCCAGACAAGGGGAUACAGAUCUAGACUUCAGUACCUCCCUGGAGAAAGCAUGCACAAAGGCAUUCCAGAAUUCAAAAAGUACUGAAGGGGAUUCUUCUGCUGACAGGACGAGCAAAUCUUGUUUAAAAGAAGAAACUGGUGGCACAGUUAAGGAUACUAAGGAGCUUAGCAAUGAGGCUAUUGGAUGUAAGACCCUGCGGGAACUGCUAACUCAGAAGGCUGAGAGCUAUGACCUGGGGAAAAAGGCCAAUGCCUUUGCACCUGUCAGUGGGCAAAAGAGAAGUCGACUCAUCACCAGUACACUUGAUGAGAUCAUCUCUACAGUGGUUGAACAGAGCAUCCCGAUGAUCCACUCUCCCACUGCGAAGAAAGGCACGUCCAUGCAUCAGACACCUGUGUACGACGCAGUGGUGCCAUCUGUGGACGAGCCGGUGCCCAGACACACCCUGACUGAGACCAGCGUGUGGUUCCCGGAUGUGCCCCACUCCUGGCUGUGCGAGGGCAGGCUCCUGAGGCUACAUGAUCCCAAGAACUCCAACAACCUGAAGCUGUUCCAGGAGCAGUGGAAGAGGGGCAUGCCUGUCUUAGUGUCUGGAGUCAACAAGUACCUGAAUUCCAACAUCUGGCGUCCUGAGGCCUUCAGCCGGGAGUUUGGUGAGCUGGAGAAUGACUUGGUCAACUGUCGCAACGGAAAUGUCAUUCCCAACAUUGCCAUGAAGAAGUUCUGGGAUGGCUUUGAAGAUAUCCCCAAGCGUCUGAAGGAUGAGGAGACUGGUGACACCAUGUUACUGAAGCUGAAAGACUGGCCUCCUGGUGAGGACUUCAGCGAAAUGCUACCAAGAAGAUUCCAGGAUUUGAUGCAGGCACUUCCACUACCAGAGUACACAUGUAGAACAGGCAAACUCAACCUGGCCUCCAGACUCCCAGACUUCUUUGUCAGACCUGACCUUGGACCAAAGAUGUACAAUGCCUAUGGUUCCGCGGCACAUCCUAGUGAAGGCACCACCAACCUCCAUCUGGACAUCUCUGACGCAGUGAAUGUGAUGGUGUAUGUCGGAAUCCCCAAUUCUGAUGAUGAGGGGAAUAGCAGCAUUGAUUAUGAGAGAGAAGCUCUGAAGGCGAUAGAUGACGCAGACUGUGAUGACAUCAUGAGGAGGAGGGUAAGGGAGACAGCAGAGAAACCCGGAGCGCUCUGGCACAUCUACUGUGCCAAGGACGCUCCGAAGAUUCGCGACUUUCUCAUCAAGGUUGGUGAAGAGCAGGGGGAGGACUCCCCUGAGGACCACGACCCCAUUCACGACCAGAGCUGGUAUCUGGACAGUGAGCUGAGGAGACGUCUGUACCAGGAGCAUGGUGUGGAGGGCUGGACCAUCGUACAGUGUCUGGGGGACGCUGUCUUCAUCCCGGGCGGGGCACCCCAUCAGGUGAGGAAUCUCCACAGCUGCAUCAAGGUGGCUGAGGACUUUGUGUCCCCAGAACAUGUCAGCCACUGCUUCCGCCUGACCCAGGAGUUCCGCAAGCUGUCUGAUACACAUACCAAUCAUGAAGACAAGCUGCAGAUCAAGAACAUCAUCUACCAUGCCAUCAAGGAUUCUGUGAGUUGCCUGAAAUACUAUGAAGAGAAUGUUCCUCUGGAUAGUCUUUCUGCAUCACAAUGACCUGAAAGAUAUAGACUGACAGAGACCUACUGGCUUUUGCCCCCUGAACUGGUGGAACUUGGGAUUCCAGACUUCAAACCUCAAAUGUGGGACGGAUGUAUGGAACAGAUUUAUUAAUAUGAUGAUAAAAAUGAAAGAAUGGUCCAUCAACUGAACAAUCAAGGAAGAUGAUCCCCCUUAAAGCAUGCAGGUUGAUUUUAGCAAGAUUUUAUCAGCUAAAAGAUUAUUGGUAACUGAUUCCAAUUACCUGUAGGCUUUUUUGUAUUGCCUUCAAAAUUUAGUUUAAAAAUGAUUACAAAUAUUGUACCUUUAACGUGUUAUAAAAUGUUACCAUUCAAAAAAAUGCCCUUGGUUUCCCAAAUGAAGUAGCAUUGGAGAGCAAACUCUGCUGCAUCAUCUUGAAACAGUUAAUGGAUACUUGUAUGUCAUACUCAAUUUGAUCAAUCAGGCUCAUGUUGGUGGGGGAAUAAAGAAAGAAUAGCAAAGGCAGCAAGCAGACAAUACUGUGUGUACUUUGAGAGCUGUAUAGAAUUCUUAGAUUGCUGCUGCCAAAUGUUAACAAGCUCCAACUCAGGAUGUACAGAAUCAAAGACUUUAUCCAUGAAGUAUGAAUGAGUUUGUAGUCCGAGUGUAAUUCUGUGUCAAUAAUUUUUCAUCUUGCUCAUAUGUAAAUAGCUAUCACGUGGUAUGUGUGUGUGUUGAUUUUGACACAAAGGUACAUGCAUGUACUUAUAUGUAGUGGUGAAACUGUCUGACUGGAUAGUGUUUUUUGAACUUGGAUUGUUGUUCCGUGCUUGAACUAAAAAUGUUGUACCAUUGAUUAUCCCAGGCAAUCUACUGUGUUGUAUGAUAUCCAGUUACAUAUAUUGGUGCUUGCAUGAUGUGGUCUUGUUAUGUCCAAGAUUGGUGUGUAUUUCAAAUAAGGGAACAAGCUGCAUUAGAAAAGUAAAGUUGUGGAGAAUAUUUGAAGAUGCAUUGUGUAACAUGUGUUUUCUACGACAGAGAAGUUUACUCUUUUUCCUACCAUAUUGUCAACCAAUUGUAAUUGUAUUAGAUACCAGAGAAAAAUGAUGAUGACUUUGAUAUAGAAACAUGGUGGUUGAUAGUGGCACACAAGAUGUACUAACAGGUAUCAUGUGAUUGGAUACAAAGUUAAUGUGAUGUGGAACUAAUUAAAAUCGUGCCUUUGAUUUUUUAGUACUAUUUUUCAGCAAGCUAACUUGAUAUGGCUUAGAUAGGACAGCUUUUUGUCACUUCUGUUAUGGAAAGGUUUGGGGAAGGAGCAAAUAUUUGCUCUUAGCUUAAAGCUAGCCUUAACCCAGAUAAGAUUUCAGCAGAAUGCUUUGAAGCGUUGAAUGCUUCCCUCCUUGUACAUAAAGUUGUGUAUAGGAAUAUUUUUAUACAUGAGAAGACAGGUAUGUACACUUGCUCUGUGACUUUGGAGAAGACGUCUACCUAUUUUAUUGGAGAAAAUGUAAAGCAUGACAUUGCUUGGCUUUUAGAAUAUACUGUUGAAAUCAAGACAUUGUUCACUAUUAAAGAUUGAUUUUGGUUUGUACAUGA